AUGGUUUCACUUCUUCCUUGGAUCGUUCUGGCGUUCGCUGCUGUGCUUUCUCCAGCAGGUAUGUGGCCGGUCCAGAGCGUCUGCUCCUGUUCCCAGGGCCAGAUCCAACAGCGCAAUGACCGCAGAGACCCCAUUUCUCCGUUGGCAAAGUGUUUCGAGGAGAAGCCCCCGCACUGUUCCAACCACGCAUUCAAGAUCAAAUCAAAUAAUGGAAAUAGGAAACGGUGCUUCAAACCUGAAGCUCCACAGAUCCGCGCAUUUAUCAAAGCUGGGGGAGUGUGUCGUCCGUCGGUGACGUCUGUUUAA